AUGCAGAGCAAGCCGAUGACCCUGUUGGCCCUGGUGCUAUCGGCGGCAGCGGUGGCGCUCUCCGAAGCCGGCUAUCCGGACGCAGCGCUGUACCAGACCAACAUCAACCGACAAAGUUCAGCUGGAGCCGCGGCUGCGGGAGGCUUCGCCGCUGGUCUCACCCAGGGUCUAACGGGCAUCAUGAACGGUCUGGUCUCCUCGCUGCCGUCGAUGCUGACCAACGCCGUGCCGAUGCUGCUGAUGCUGGGUCUCGGAGGCCUGCUGCUCCCGCUGCUUGGCGUCAGCCUGUUCUUCAGGGAGGGCCAGAAAAGGACGUUCAGCCUGCCGUCCAUCAACCCCGCUAUUCUGGACGGCCUCGCUGACGUCCUGGACAGGGUCACCAAGGCCAUCGAGCAGGGGGAGAAGAAGUACGCCACCAAGAACAACUAG